CUCUCCUACAAGAAAACAAAAAAAUCUAACUUCUCCUAUUCCAUCUAAUGCAGAUUAGAGCAUUUCUGUUAUUUUUGUUAUGAAAUCAUAAGUACAAUGACAGUAUUGAAAUAUUUAUUACAUUAGAAAUUUGUUAAAUCUCAACAAAUUUGUUAAAUUUACAACCAUGAUUAGAGCAGUAGAUCUAGAUUACAAACAUGGUUAGAGCUAGGGAUCUAACUAAAACGCAAGUUUCUACAAUAAAAUGGGAAAUUGUUUAUUUAGCAGCUCAGUUGAAAAAGAAGUGUCUAGACAUAAAUUGGCUUCAGAUGAAUUUAUUUCAAAACUGUGUGGUGAAAUAAGCUAUAAUAUUGGAAGUGAUUGGUUGCGAUGGGGACGACACCUAGGUCUAAGUGAUGCAGAUCUUGAUAAUAUUAGAUCUGAUAACAAAAAUUGUUAUGAGAAAGCUGAUAAUGUUUUUAAAAAAUGGAAGCAAAAAAAUGGAAAUCCUUCAUGGGAGCAAUUAAAAAAAAAGUUAAUGGAUUUUGAUCGUUUAGAUAUUGUGAAUAAAAUUGAAACAAAAUUUCGAGAUCAUCUAAGUAAUGGUCUUGAAAGUUUUCCUGAUUUUGAUUUUUUCUACGAAUGUUUUUACGAAAGUCAAUUGUCAUUGUUUGAUAUAAUAUAUUUUGUUGAUGAACGAAAUGAAGGAAGAUCAAAUAAAUCUAACUAUUAUGGUUGGAAGAUUUCGAUUGAGGAUGGAAAAACUUCUUACGCAACUUCUUGCGAUAUUUAUUUCAUAAAUUAUUACAAAAAUCACUUUAGUCAUUUUUGCAAAACAAAGUUAGAGUGGUUACGGGUUCAUAAAAAUAUUUUAAAUGAUGAAGAAAAAAAUCUUUUAAUUCAAUGUUCAACUAAUGUUCGCGUUGUCAGCUUUUCUCGUCCAAUUAAUUUCGACGGAUGGAAACCGAAACAUAAGAUUGAAGUGUUGUAUAUAUGCAUCUCAGAUUAUUUAAUAACAAAAAAAGAUUUUGAAGAAAACUUUCUUCCUUGGAUUCUUCUUUGUGAUGAAUUAAAACUUUCACUUCACGACGACAUUGAUUUCAUUAAAAACAUUUGUGAAUGGAUUCGUUGUUCGAACAUCAAGUUGUUUAAUAUCGAGCACCGUGGAAAAUUUUUUUAUAACCUCUAUGAAUUAAGUUAUAACGCUGAAAAAUGUUAAACAUUUUAAAUAUAUAAAAUGAAAACAAUAAUUAUAAAAUAUUAAAUGAA